AUGCCAGAACAUCGCGCUAUCUCGGCACCGAACGCGCCCGUCAUCAAGCCGGCGCCGGCCAUGAUACGCUACGCCACGCCGCAGCCCACCCCGCCGAUGUCGCCGCUCCACGGUCCGGCGACGCCUCGCACUCCCGGCGCGUACGCCGAGCUUCCGCCGCCCUCGCCACGGCCCGCGAUCACGCUCACCGCGCCCCCGUCCAAGAAGAAGCAGCGCCGCACGGCCGCGCGCUCGCUCCGCGCCAUCCGCGCCGUGCGCGCGCUGUUCCGGUCCCUCCCGAUCCUCGCCCCGGCGUGCCGCUUCCACGGCAUCGUCCCACGGCACGGCGGGCCGUCGCGGAUGCACGACGGCCACGUCAGCGGCGCGUCGCGCACGACGGGCACGCUGUUCGGGCACCGCAGGGCGCGGGUGACGCUGGCCGUGCAAGAGACGCCCGGGAGCGUGCCCAUCCUGCUGCUGGAGCUGGCGAUGCAGACAGGCAGGUUCAUGCAGGAGAUGGGCGCCGAGCACUUGCGCGUGGCGCUGGAGUGCGAGAAGAAGCCGCCGGGCGCCGGCGCCGGCAUCGGCCGCACGCGCCUACUCGACGAGCCGCUGUGGACGGCUUACGUCAACGGGCGGAAGAUCGGGUACGCCAUGCGCCGGGAGCCGACCGAGGACGACCUCACGGUCAUGCAGCUGCUGCGCACCGUGUCGGUCGGCGCCGGCGUGCUGCCGAACGACGUCAUGGGUUGCGACACCGCCGAGGGGCAGGAGGCCGGCGACCUCGCGUACAUGCGCGCGCGCUUCGACCGCGUGGUGGGGUCCCGGGACUCCGAGUCGCUGUACAUGCUCAACCCUGAUGGGAACAAUGGCCCAGAGCUUAGUAUCUUCUUCAUUAGGAUAUGAUCAAGCUUAUGAAUUGCAUUACCGAUAUUUUGUAGUUCUGAGCCUGAUUUUGUUGUCUGGUUGAAAAUGGGAGGUGCCAGUAUGCUUUUGUU